GGGGGGUUGUUCGAAGAAAGAAAAUGUAAGAGGAAAUGGGGGUUGAUUCAUAUUUAGGCUCUAAUAUCCUAUGUGGCAUUUUCAAAGGACGUGGAAAUCAUGUGGAGUUGUAACAACGAACAACAACAACAUAUUCUGUGUAUUCCCAGAAGUGGGGUCAGGAGGGGAGUUGUAACAACCAAGAAGAAAAAAGAGCAGAAAAGUGAAGAAAAAGAAUUAAUCAAAAACUUGUGUUACCACAACCAGCUUUUCUGUCAAGGUAAAUGGUGACAGUUGUGGGUAAUUUGAAGGAAGAAGGGGAUUGAGACAAGGGGAUCCAUUAUCCCCGUUGCUAUUUGUUUUGAUCAUGGAAUAUUUAAGCAGGGUCUUGAAGCAAAUGAGUCGGUUACCAGACUUUAGGUAUCAUGCCAUGUGUAAAGAUGUACAGCUCACUCAUCUCACCUUUGCAGAUGGUCCGAUGAUCUUCUGUAAAGGUACAGUGACAUCUGUGUAGAGAAUAAUGGAAGCUUUAAAGCAAUUUUCUGAUGUAACAGGUUUGAAUGCCAACUCUGAUAAGUCAAGUAUCUAUAUGGCUAGUGUGGAUGAAGAAACAAAGACUAGACUAUUGGCACUUGCAGGGUUCAGUGUGGGGACUUUCCUUAUGAAAUAUUUGGGGCUGCCUCUGUCACCAAAGAAGUGGUUUAAAAAAUAAUGGACUGUCAUCAAUUAGUUAUGAAGAUCACUGGAAAAAUCAGAGCUGUAUCAGCUAGGCACCUCUCAUAUGCUGGAAAUUGCAGGUAAUAAACUCCAUCUUAUUCUCACUUCACAAUUUUUGGGGAGCUGUAUUCAUUUUACCUCAAAGUGUGCUGAAGGUUUUAGACAAGAAAUGCAGAGAAUUCUUGUGGGGAAGUAAUGGGUCAGGUGGAUUCAACGAAUUUAUAUGAAACCUAAUGAGAAUUUUUGGACUCAUGUACCAUCUUAUAACUGUAGUUGGUAUUGGAAUAAUUUAAAUAAGAUUAAGUUGGGAAUGCAGCAGUGGUAUAGCAAUGAUAGAUACACUUUAACUGCUAAUGGCAAGUACUAUGUUAAUCAGAGUUAUCUAGCAUUGCUAGGACAUGGGACACUUGUUGAAUCACAUGAGCUCAUAUGGAGCAAGAUAGUACUGCCAAAGCAUAUGUUUAUCCUAUGGUUAGCUUAUCACAAGAAAUUGUUUACUAAAGAUAGGACGGUGGGUAUGAGAAUGCAAUGUGAGACUGCAGAUUGUAUGUUGUGUGAACAGGAGGAAAUAGAAGAUGCUAAACACGUAUUUGUUGAUUGUGACUGGGCAAAAGCAGUCUGGAGUGAACUCAUGCAAUGGGUGGAGAUGCAACUGCCUCAAAUGGAGACGAGAGUUACAUUGAGCUAUAUUAAACAGAAUGAAGGAGGAAGUGCUGGCUGCGAUGCAUGGAGCACUGGUGUACUUCAGCCGGAAGACCAGGAAUUAGAAAAAAUUUCGAGAACUAAAUGUGAACACCAGCCAUAGUACAACAGAUACAAUUUAUAGUGAAGGAAAGGAUAGGUAUGUUUAUAGGUUCAAAACAGGCUUAAAAAGUGUAUAGGUUUUCUUGAGAUGCUGUGUAGUUAGUUUUUUCUGAGGCUUGUUAUUCUUGGCACCCUGCAUGUAAAGUAGCCAAGUUUACAGGUGCUUUUUAGUUUGUAUUUCUCAUGAUGGUUUUGUUGGUGGUAAUAAGAUUUCACAGUUUAUUACAAAAAAAAAAAAAAAAUCAAAA